UGCCGUCGUCUCGCAGCAUUUAUUGCUGUUGCAUUGCAAAUAUAAAUGCAUAACAGUUUGGCAGUUCCAUGGCCACAUUAAACGAGACAUUUCGAGCUCACUGGCUGAUCUCGAUCUUUGGUCUGGCGCUGUUCAUAGGUGGCGCCAUUGUGCUCUACUGGAAUGAGGGACGCGCGGUGCACACAAUGUUGGCUCUGGACGAAGCCUAUGCCGAUAUUUACUCCAUGCAGUUCACCGAGGAGGAGCAGGAUCAGAGUUUCGAGAAUCGCAUUGUGCAUCUCUCUGGCCCAAUCAUCUGUGGUGAACCACUUACCGAACCGGAUUACAACAUCCAACUGAUGGCUGUGAAACUCAAGCGUCGUGUUCAAAUGUAUCAAUGGGUCGAGGAGGCCGUCGAGCAGAACUUUGGCGAGAGCGUCGGUGCGGUGGAGAGCGACUCUCGCACCUAUUACUACACGAGAGAAUGGCGGGACAAGAUCGUCGACUCUCGCAAUUUCCACAUGCGACACGGACACACAAAUCCCGCCCGGUUUCCCAUUGAGAGCGCCGUUCAGGUUGCCGAUGCCGUCUACAUUGGGAAAUACGAACUCGGAGCUCAGGUGAAGAACAAAUUCAACAACUUCAACGAACUGACCUCCGAUAUUCGCCCCGAUGACAGCAGCAUAAAGCUCCAUCUGGGAUUAUAUUAUCAUACAAACGAUGUAUUUAAUCCGGAAGUUGGAGAUUUGCGCAUACUCUUCAGUUACGCCGGCAUGGAGGGUGAAAUGUACAGCAUUGUGGGCAGACUCCAAGGCAACAAGGUGGAGCCGUAUUUGACCACUCGGGGAGUACCCGUGCUUCUGGUUUAUCCGGGCGAAAUCAGUGCUCUUGAGGUGUUCCGAUUGGAGUAUCGGGCUCAGGUGCUGCACACCUGGUGGUGGCGAUUUAUCGGCUGGCUGUUGAUCUUCUUUGGCGUCACCUGCAACUCGAAGCUGCUGCGCGUUACACUGCUUCGGGUUCCAUUGCUGAUUGCUCUGGCGCCGGACACGCGAUUCCCGGUGACGAGUAACUUCAUUAUUGCCUUCUCGCUUGCUCUGACCAUUGCUGCCAUUGCCUGGAUCCUGCAUCGACCUGUGAUUGGCGCCUGUCUCUUUCUGGCUGGCGCAUCUCCUUAUGUGUGGUUAACGCGACAUCUCGUGGAUUACAAUCGAUUAGAUUGAAUCCCAAUCUCAAUACCAAAAAUACAGGUUCUUUAACUUUUACAAUAGUGAUAUGUAAAUCAGUAGGAAAAUAUUAAUGAAUUUCAAAUAUUCAAAUGUUGCUAUUAAAUAUCGAUAACGUAAUGGUUUGUUGUAUUCCCAGCACUAACGAUUUAUUUGAAUGGUGAAAAAUCGAGAUCAAAACGCGACAUCUACCGAUAUGUCAGAUGAAAGACAAUUGGGGAUUUUUUACUGUAACUCGAUAUUUAUUAACAUAGUUUAUUCUAAAAGAUUUAUUUAACCACAGCAUUUUAUUUUUACGAUAACGUGUUGGGAAUUGAACUAAACAAGAUGAAGUCCAACCGAUAAAUCGAGAUCAAAAAGCGACAUAUAUCGAUAUGUCAAAUAAAAGCAAUUUAGAUAUUUUCCUAUAUAUUGAUAUAUUUAUUUAAAUCACUAGCUUACAUAUAUAAUUUGUUCAACACUUUGUCUGUGCCAUGUCCAUAUGUCAAUAAAAACUGAAUAACACUUAA